AUGUACAUGAACGCUCUAUCAAUGCUCGCCCUGGCAGGCGCUGCGCAGGCCCAUAUGAGCUUGUUCUAUCCAGCCCCUCUGGGUGCUGCUCCUUCAGUCAACAAGCAAGAAACUGAGCUCGACCCAGAGUUCAAUUUCCCGCUAGGCUGCUGCGGACCUGACGGUGGUCCUUCUCGGCCCUCUCCUGGUCCAUGCCGCGGUCACCUUGACAAGUUUGAUGUGGAGGAUGCUACCGCAACUUGGACUUCUGGUCAGGAGGCGUACUUUCAGCUUACCGAUUUCGAUUAUGACCCGGCUGUGCCUGGAUCCACCCAUUUUGGAGGUUCAUGCCAGAUUGGCUUCUCCGCCGACAAGGGAAAGACCUGGAAGCUGGCCGCAUCUUACCACGGUGCCUGUCCACAUGCAACCGCCGACGGAUCUCCAGAGGCUCAAACCUUCGAUUUCAUUGUGCCCAAGGGCAUGCCCGAAGGUGAUUACCUCUUUGGAUGGAACUGGCUCAAUCGCGAGCAUGAAUCCUUUGAAAACUGUGCCAAAAUCGAGAUCAAAGGCAGUACUCCAUCGACUCCCAGCGAGCCUGCCCAGUCCAGCGCAGCGCCGGAAUACCCUGAUGACUCGUCUCCUGAGCCACAGACGCCAAAGGAAGACGUGCCAGUCUCCCCUCCUGCUAGUCCUCCUGCUGGCCCUCCCGCCGUUCCCACCCCGAUUCAAGCUGAGAAUCCUGUUGUGACCACAACCGUUGUGAAGACCAUCUACGCUCCCGCGCCAACAGAUGCACCAGCUUAUGAGAACAACCAAGGCCCAAGUGGACAAGAUGCAACUCACUGGUCUCGCCGCCCUCACCCCGAAGUCGCCGAAGGAGUCCGCCGCUACGAAGUCGAUGGCUCUCGUUGUGAAUGCCGUCGCGAGGAGCCUUCUCUAGCAGUUCGCUGCUCUUGCGACACAGCUCCCACCAAGCGCAACGAAGUUGAGCACAAGGCCCGCCGACUCCAUCGCCGCACUCUAUACAAGCGUUUCGAUGCUUGCGACUGGAACACUGCUCCCCCAAUGGAGACCUCGUACUACACCGUCGACGCAAAAUGCGCACCCAAUGCCAAAAAGAACAAGCCCGAGAGCGAUGACUUUGAGCUCAAGUGGGACGUUUCCUGCGGUGUUGUCGAGGGCGGCAGCGAUUACCCUCUCAAGCUCAUGGAGUGCGACAUGUUUGGCGCUUAA